AUGGCAUCGAAUAAAAUUGCUAAUCUAACAAAAGCGCUUCAAGAAAUAAGAAAUAAAUGCCAAAAAUCUCCAUACCAGCUGAACGUUAAUGUCGGAUUAAUUUUCCUGGGUUGUACUUUUGACCUGUUGAAUGUGGCAAGUAUGAUCUCCCUUAUAGACGAUCUUGCAAAAAAAUACAACAUUUCCUAUACAACGGCCUCAUGGUCAUUGACUUCCUAUGCUGUGACCUUUGCUGGUUUUAUUGCAUGUAUGGGUCGACUUGGUGAUAUAGUAGGAAACUCAGUUCUUUUUACUAUAAGUUGUUCCUGUUUCGCCAUUUUGUCACUUCUUUGCGCAGUUAUGCCCAACUUCCCAGCUUUUGCUGUCUUCAGAGCUAUCCAAGGCAUCUGUGCGGCGGGUCUUGUACCGUGUGCUUAUGCUUUGAUUCCUAUUCUAGCUCCAAAAGAAAAAGUUCAGAAAUAUUUCUCGAUAGUUUCUUGUGGGUUUAGCUCCACCAUAGGCCUUGGACUCAUAAUUGGAGGUGCAUUUGCCGCUACAAAGAUAGGAUACAGAGGAAUUUUUUAUCUGACAUUUGCAGUGAUGUCCCUUAUUUCAGUGAUUGCAUUCUUCUUUACUUAUAAUGUUGAGAAUUUUGAUAAAAAACCCCAAAAAAUUCAAGCUCAAACUAGUGUCAAGUCACUCGAUUUCAUCGGUUCGCUUAUAUUCGUAGCUGGGAGUAUACUGAUUGUUGUCGGUCUGACAGAAGGCGGUGAGUCGUGGAAUAGGCCUGUCACCUAUGUAACACUAAUUAUAGGAAUACUUUUGUUUUUUGGGUUUUUUGUGUGGAAUUGUACAUAUGCAAAGAUCGUUAGGGGAAUUAGAUUCGUUGGUAUUGAUACCUCUAAGUACUUCGAAAAGGUUCAGCUUUUAAUUCCUGUAGAUGUUCUUUUCAUGAAGAACUUUAUACCCAUUGUUUUGGCGUUCGCACUAAAUAAUGCUUGUCUUUUUUCGUGUCUCUAUAUUAUUGACCAAUACUCUCAGUAUGCAGAGAAAGACAGUCCUCUCCUUGCUGGUGUCAAACUAGUCCCUUUGAUAAUAUGCAUGGUUGUUGGUAAUGCAUUAUGUGCAUUUGAGUCUACAAAGUUGAAGCCUAGAGUUGGAGUUGCCCUCGGCUUUUCUCUAGCACUUGCUGGAUCUAUUAUACUAAUUCAAUUGCACUUGAUUAAGGAUAACGUAUUCUGGAAGAUUUUUUUCAGUUCUCAAGCCUUGGUAGGCUUUGGAGUUGCUAUUUUUUAUCCUUACGCACUUCAGAUUGCUGUGGGAGGAGCUCCAGAUCAAUCAAAGGGUAUCGCAUCCGGUGUGGCACAAACGUUUGGACAACUUGGAAUCGAGAUAACAUUUUCGGUUAUGGCUUCCGUUCUUGGGGAUAUUAACGAGAUGAAAGGGAAAGAGGAUGCAAUUCAGAACUUUCGUACUGGAUUUCAAAACUGUUCAUAUUUUACUGUUGCGGUGGGUGCGCUUGGUUUUUUGGUGACAGCAAUAUGCAUCAGAGACAUUCAUACGCCUAAUGACGAUAUUUCGGAUCUCGAGUCUUCAAUUCAUAGAACGAAAAUAGAAAUGGAUCAAGAGAAGGAUGGUCCCGAAGGAAAAGCCUAA